UAAGGAGAGAACGGGCGGGAAGAAGGGGCCUUUGGCGGGAACGAGAUUGGGACGGCUGGGGGACAGGUGUGGAUGGAAGGAAAAGAAUAAAGGACGAGACCCCUGCAAUCUGGUGUCGGCUCCUACUUUACAUCUGGUGGCAGCGGUGGGAUCUCAUGGCUACAAAGAAAAAUCCCCGCGGGAAAGAGCCAAGGGAGGAGGAAGCAGGGGCCGGGGAUCCUUCCCAUCCCGGGCAACAAGGGGGCCUGCUAUCAGAAGCAGCAGCAGGGGGCCCGGAUCGCCUGGAGGACACCAUGGAGGACCGCAUGGCCCGCGUGGAGAGGGCACUCCAGGAGCUCCUACAGAGGCUCCCUAUGGGGGACCCGCCAGCACCGGGACCCCCACCCCCACGCGUACUACGGGAGGAGAGGCCACGGGACCCGGAGGCCGACCAGCCGGCCGGGCAACCAACCUCGUCACGCCAGCCGCCGCCGGUCCCGCCAAAACCCCCAGGGCUAACCACCCAACAGGGAGAGCAGGUGGCCGGACGGCCGCGUCGGCUGGGGCCCGUCGACAAGUUCGUGGCUGAGGAAGAAGACUGGGAGGAGUUUGUCCGCCGAUUCGAGGCUGCCUUCCACGCUCUCGAGUGGACAGACGAAGAGGCACUACGAGCGCUGCCAUCCGUUCUGGGCAAGGAAGCACUCGCCUCUUACACCUCCCUUCCCUCGCACAGCAAGACCACGCUACAGGCGGCCUACGAGGCUUUGGGGGAGAUCUAUUGCCCGGCGGAAGGGGCCUUUAAACGGUUCCAGGAUCGCCAGCGAGGGGCUAAAGAAUCCCCUUUAUCCUACAGGGGUGCACUGCUCGUGUUGGCGAGGAGAGCUUUCCCUCGCCUGGCUGAAGAAGCGCUCGAGGAUCUCGUGGUCGAGCACCUCAUCGCCUACGCUUGCCGCGCCGGCGUUGUAAUGCCCGUGGUGACGCCGGGGGAACGCACCUCGCUGUGGGCUGCCCGGACCAUCCAAGCCCACGAGCAGGUCAUGGGCCGGGCGCCACCCGUGGGCCCGGUAGCUGGCGCGGCGGGGGGGAACAGCCGAGCCGUUGCCGCGGCACUACUGGGUCCAGCGACACCAACCGCCGAACCUGCACCGUCGCCACAGGCUGCCUGUGGAGCAGCUGGGGACGGACCCCCGACGUCUGAGACGGAGCCAUCGCUACGGGAGGUGUACGCGGCGAUCCGGGGACUGGCGGAGCAGAGGGACCAGGGGCGCGACCAACCGCCGCGUCGCUGGCAGCCGCCUCUACAACAUCGCGCCGAGCCCCCCCGACGGAACGCCCCGUGGGUCUGCCACCGUUGUGGUCGAGAGGGGCAUGUGGCGAGGGGGUGCCGCACAGAGCCGGAGGCCGCCAACGUUACCUGGAACCCGCCGGGGCCGAACGCCGACAGGAUCCAGCACCCCAUGUGAGGCCUGACGGAGCGGCGGCACGAGCGGGGGCCGGAGAGACAGCGGCGCCGGGCAAGGCGACACCAGCACCACCGAACCAGGGACCGCGACGAGAGGGCCUUCGAAGGAGGGGGCCGCCACGGUCAUCUGCUGCCUGUGGAUGUCCGGGCUGUUACGGGAUGCUGGCUGGAGACCUGGGCAGGCCGCGCAAUUGAUUUCGUUGUGUUAUGUUGCAUUGUAUGGUUGUGGGGGGGGUAAGGGCUGUCGUCAC